AUGAACCAACAAACUAGGCUUGAUCGGGUUAGGGAUGAGUUGUAUAGAUCUUUAGGGAUGACAUCGGACGAUAGUUUAUUGAAUGUUGAAGUCGAUGUUGAUUCUCACGGCAAUUUCAACAAUGCUGUGCACUUAGAUGAUGAUGAUGAUGAAGAACCCGAUGGAGAAUAUCACGGAGAAACUAACGACGAUGAGGAGCAGGUUUUAGGAAAUGAGUUAGUGUUAUGUGAUGUUGAUCCGGAAGUGGAGAAUGAAUUCACUGAAGAGGAUGUAGUUGUAGGUCCUAUCUCUGGAACGCGAUUUAGAGAUAAAGAUUCUUUGUUUGAAUUCUACAAAGAACAUGCUAAACUGAAAGGAUUCUCUGUCGUCAAACGAAAUUCCAACAAGAAGGGUGGUGCCACGGCCAAAUACCUAACUUUCUGUUGUGAUAGGGCUAGGAUUCGCCGAACCAAGUUUACCACCAAGAGUAACGACUGUAAAGCUAGGCUAGCUGCUGUGUUGGAUGAAUAUGGUUCUUGGCGCGUAUCAAAGGUCGUUCACGAUCACAACCAUGAGUUGCUCCCAUCCGUAUCGCGACUGAUGGCGGGACAUAGGUCCGUUUGUGAUUCUUUGAAGAGGGAUCUUGUAGCUCACGAUAUAUCUGGCAUUAGACCCUCCAAGAAUAUUAGGCUUGCUGAGGUUCAACGUGGUGGACCUCAAAAUCUGGGUUGCACUCCAAAGGAUUGUAGAAACUAUAUUUUGAAGAGCAGGAAUUUUGAAAUGAAAGAAGGGGACGCACAGUCGCUGCUCAACUUUUUUCGUGAAAUGCAGGUAAAGGAUAGGGAAUUUUUCUAUUCAAUAGACGUUGAUAAUUUUGGUAGGCUUCGAAAUGUGGUAUGGGUGCAUUCGCACUGUAAGUCGGCGUAUGAGCAAUUCCAUGAUGCGAUAUGCUUUGAUACGACGUACCUUGUGAAUAAAUAUAAUAUGCCAUGCGCAACAUUUGUUGGCAUCAAUCACCAUAGGCAGUCCAUUUUACUGGGAUGUGCUCUCAUGUCUCAUGAAGAUAUCGAUAGUUAUAAAUUGGUUUUUAGAACUUGGCUUGAUGCCAUGGGAAAUAUUCAUCCAGAUGCGAUCAUAACUGAUCAGUGUCAGAGCAUUAAGGUAGCCCUUGCUGAGGUGAUGCCAAAUACAAUACAUAGGUAUUGUAUUUGGCAUAUAUUUUCAAAGUUGCCUAUUUACUUAAGUGGUGUUCGUCCUUCUAAAAUUGCACGUGGAGAAUUCAAAUCCAUGGUCCUUGAUAGCAUCAGUGUUGAAGUUUUUGAGACAAAAUGGGCAGACUAUAUUGCAAGGUAUAAUUUGCGUACAAGGAAUUGGUUCAACAAGCUUUACUCUGAGAAAGAAAAAUGGGUUCCCGUGUACCUUGAUGUGUAUUUUUGGGCUGGCAUGCUAUCUACGCAAAGAAGUGAGGGUAUGCAUGCGUUCUUCGAUGGAUAUAUUACCCAUCAAAGCACUCUUAGGAUGUUUGUUCACCGGUAUGAGUUAGCUCUAAGAGCUAAGCAUGAGAAAGAGUUGGAAGCGGAAUACAGGUCAAAGGGCUUUCAUAUUGUGUGUGAGUCAAUGUUCAAGUGGGAGGAGCAGGCAAUUCAGUGUUAUACGCGUACAGUGUAUGAAUUUUUCAAGACACAACUAAGGAAUUGUACCAUUGUGAAGUCAGCAGCCCCGACGAUCAUCGAGCUGUCCCUGGUGUUGAGAAAUUCAUCGUUAGUGAUUAUUCAGUUAUAA